AUCACAUGACCGGAUCGUCAAAAACAAACUACCAACAGCCUGGGAGCCGUUAGUAUGGCAGCUUGGACAAAGUUGAGGUGACGCCUCAGUGUAAAUACUUGAGUUAACCCGCAGGACAUGCGAGAGUCUCUGUCCGGAUCCUCUAAAAUAAAAUGGCGUUGUCAUUGUCAUCAUCUGUCCUAUUGGUCCUUGUUUUCCUCACAGUAGAAGUGACUCUCUGUACAGGAAGCAAUAAAUGUGUUGCCAGGGACUUUGGCCAUGACUCUGUGGUGUGUGAGUGUAAUUCAACUUACUGUGACAGUGUGGGAUCAGUCACCCUCCCUCCUCUGGGACAGUACCUCUCUUACCUGAGCAGCAGGGCGGGCAGCAGACUAGAGGCGGGCCAGGGUCAAGUCCAGGUUAACAGAACCGGAGCAGGCCUCAGGUUGACCAUUGUUCCCUACCAGAAGUACCAGAAGAUCAGGGGGUUUGGUGGAGCCAUGACAGAUGCAGCAGCCAUCAACAUCCUGUCCCUCUCUGCUGGAGCACAGGACCAGCUGCUACGACAGUACUUCUCCGCUGAAGGUAUCGGCUACAGCGUGGUGCGUGUGCCCAUGGCCAGCUGUGACUUCUCUACCCGUCUGUACACCUACGCUGACACACAUGGAGACUACAGCCUGGACAAUUUCACACUGGCCCCCGAGGACAUCAACAUGAAGAUCCCUCUGCUGCAGCGUGCCCAGGCCUUGUCUCCUCACCCCCUGUCUUUGCUGGGCAGCGCCUGGAGUGCCCCCGCCUGGAUGAAAACUAAUGGUGCACUCACAGGAAAGGGCUCCUUGAAGGGCCAGCCAGGGGGCAAAGAGCAUAAAACCUGGGCUCACUACUACAUCAGGUUCCUUGAGGAAUAUGCUAAAUAUAACUUGACCUUCUGGGCACUGACUACAGGGAAUGAGCCCUCUGCAGGGCAGAUGACAAACUACAGUUUCCAGGCCCUGGGCUUCACUCCUGAGGAGCAGAGGGACUGGGUGGCCUUGGAUUUGGGCCCUGCGCUGCAAGCUUCGUCAUACCCACACACGCAUAUCCUCAUACUAGAUGACAACCGCCUGCUGCUGCCUCACUGGGCUAAAGUGGUCUUAAAUGAUGUUCAUGCAGGAAGGUACAUUCACGGUGUGGCAGUCCACUGGUACAUGGACGGCCUUGUCCCAGCUGAGAUAAGCCUGGGAGUCACCCAUCACCUCUACCCAGAGUAUUACCUGUUUGGCACUGAGGCCUGCGCUGGCUGGAACCCACUGGACAGAGGGGUGAAGCUGGGGAGCUGGGACAGGGCUGAACAGUACGCACAUGACAUUCUACAGGAUUUAAAUCAUUAUGUGGUGGGCUGGACUGACUGGAACCUUGCGUUGGACCAGACUGGUGGGCCAAACUGGGUUAAAAACUUCGUGGACAGCCCUGUGAUAGUGGAUGCACAGCGAGACGUCUUCUACAAGCAGCCGACCUUCUACAGCAUGGCCCACUUCAGUAAGUUCCUGUGGGAGGGGUCUCAGAGAGUGGGUGUGUCUGCCAGCGUAGCAACAGACUUGGAAUCCUCUGCCUUCAUCAGACCGGACGGCUCGGUGGUGCUCAUCAUACUCAACAGGUCGUCAUCAGAGAUCCAGUUUGAAGUCUGGGAUCCCGCUGUGGGCUACAUCCCCUGCACAGCUCCGGCUCAUUCCUUACUCACACUUGCUUGGAACACACACUGAUCAUUAGUACAGGUUCACACAUGUUUCUCCUGAAUGUAAGCCUUUACAUCUGGAACAUCAACAUUAACAAAACAGUUAUUACAUGGAAUACUUUUUCAGUAUCGAGCCACUCACGCACAUUUUUUUUUUAAAUUAACAGAUUCUAAAUUAUUUUCUUAUCUGCUGUGCUUUUUGGCACAGCUUUAGUGAUUUCAGGUUACUUAAAUUAACCUUCUGCAAACAAGAGCAACCUCACCUCAUUUAGUUUUCAUUUAUAAUCCUAAAAUGUUUUUUUUCUGCACUGAUUUGUGAUCAGGAAAAGUAAUGAAUGUAUCAACACCAGAGUGACCUGCUGAAGUGCAACUGGUGCCCUUUUGACUUUUAACUAAUAAGAUGCUUGAAGUGACCUCUUUCACAUCUCUAAAGAAUAUAAAUAAUGUACAGAGUUUGUAAAUGCCUUUCACUGUUGCUAUUUAAUUUGUUUUUAAUUUUAAAUAAAGCACACACUGUUCAGCCUUAA